CUAUAAGACAAGAGGAUUCGCCUCAAAUGGUUAGGUGAAUUUCAGAUUUGCGAAAUACUCCACGAAUCUUAGAGAUCUGGGGAAAAAAAAAAAUCCCUAAUGAAUGAUGGAAACGCAUGGUCGUUUCUCCAUUCUCCACUUUAAGGGCCAACAAAGAAAAGAAAAUAAGAGAGAAAACAUACAAAACAUAAAUUAAGUUCAAAGAUGCAAAAGACCAAGCCCUUUUGGGAAGAGAGAGAGAGUGCUAGGAGGGGGACAAUGCAUGGUUCUCGCACUCAUGCCCCCCCCUCCUUCUCUCUGUCUCUCUCUAUUCUCGCCGGAAAAUACUCAAAAGAGCAGCACUAAAACCUUCGACAUGAAACCCUCAACCUCCCAAACCAACCCAUGAUUAAUCACCGCCGCCACCGCUGCCACCUCGUCUUCCUCGCCGCCAUCUUGCUCUCCCUCGGGCCGUCGGAAGCCGACAUCCGGACUGGCUACCAGGUCACCAUCGCGAUCCCCCCGGCGUACAACCCCGGCUUCGUCGGCCGGGCCUACCUGAUGGAGGCCGACGGCGCCGUGCUGCCCAAUUUCAAGGUCGCGCUGAGCGUGGAGGCGAGCAGUGGCGGGAGGAACUACUCGUGCUCGCUGGAGGUCUUCCUCGGGGACGUCAAGGUGUGGAACUCGGGUCACUCCUCGCGGUUCUACCUGGCGGACCGGUGCGCGCUCGAGCUCACCACAGACGGCGACCUGCAGUUGAAGGGUCCUGACGAGAGGGUCGGGUGGCGGAGCGGGACCUCCGGUCAGGCGGUCGAGAGGUUGCAGAUACAGAGCACGGGCAAUCUGGCUUUGGUGGACGCGUCGGACCGCAUCAAGUGGCAGAGCUUCAAUUUCCCGACUGACGUGAUGCUUUGGGGCCAACGGCUCAGCGGGGCGACCCGGCUGACGUCGUACCCGGUGAACUCGACGUCAUUCUACUCCUUCGAGAUCGAACACGACAGGGUCGCUCUGUACUUGAACCAUGGCAGUUCCAAGUACUCCUACUGGGAUUUCGCCCCUUCCCUGAGCCGGAACAUAACGUUCGUCAAGUUGGGCACCAAGGGCCUGGAGCUGUUCAACUACGAGUACAAAAAGAUCGCGCGCAUCACCGCUCCGCGAUCCGAGCCGCCCCGGUUCCUGGCGCUCGACAACCGGACCGGCAACAUGGGACUCUACUAUUACUCCCCUGGCGAGGCCAAGUUUGCAGCAUCGUUCCUGGCGCUCAACGCGACGUGCGACCUUCCGAUGUCCUGCCCGCCGUAUGGCAUUUGCACCCUCUCGAGCGCCUGCUCGUGCAUCCGCCUGACGAGGAAGCUGGAUGGGCCCGGCCUGGACUGCGGUGGGGCGAUCUCGGGCGGGUUCUGCGGGGCGGGCCGACCGGCGAUGGAGAUGAUGGAGCUGGAUGGGGUGGACAGCGUGAUCAAGGAUGGACCAAGACGGGCCAACAUCAGCAAGGAGGAGUGCACGAGCCUGUGCUCGGGGGACUGCGACUGCGCGGCCGCACUGUACUCGUCGGACUUGCGGGAAUGCUACAUCUACGGGAUCGUGAUCGGGAUCAAGCAGGUGGAGCGGGGGAGCGGGCUGAGUUACCUGGUGAAGGUGCCGAAAGGGAGCCGCGGAAGGCGCGGCCGGUCAGGUUUGAAGAGAUGGGCUUUGGUUUUGGUGGGCGUGGUGGAUGGAUUGGUCCUGGCAGCGGUCGUCGGCGGGCUCAUGUAUUAUUUGAUUCGGAAGAGGCGGAAGAGGGUGUCGGGAGCUCGGAACGGCUCUUGAUCGAUUGCCGGUGCUUUUUUCCUCUUUUUUUUUUUUUCUCACAAAUCAAAGGCAUAUAGGAAAAUGUUUGUUCAUUGACAAAGGGCAUUUUUUUUUUCUAUUUUUUCCUUUUUUUUUUGUUAUUUGGUUAUUUGGUUUUCAUUUUGUGUCGACAUUGUGUAGAGAGGCCUUACCUUUGACAAGAUUCUUUUGAUGGGCGUGGUGAUUGUUUUUUUGGAUAUUGCUGAAGCUCAAUAUACAAGAGGAAAUGUGAUCUCUUGGUACCAAAUUUCAAA